AUGAUUCCUGAGGCCGAAUAUCCCGUAGCCGAGUUGGCCAAAUAUAAUGUCGCCGGUUUAGGAACGCUUUCAGAGAAUGGCGAUCCAUCUUCCCAGCACUCGACCCAACACAGGAAAAUAGUCAAGAUCAAAAAGACCGUCAAGAAAAUCCAGACGUCAAACACAUCGUCGACCCUGUUUCGACGGCAUAUAACCGAACGGUCUUGGACACUGACUAACUGGUACAGACAUAUUCAUUGGAAGAAUUUCACUUUGGUUGUUUUGGUUCCCAUCAUUGGAAUAUCUAUUUGCAUGGUUUACAACGUUAAAUUGCUCAAACAAACUCUUUACUUUUGCAUUUUGCUUCAUAUCCUUACGAUUCUCGCUGUGAACGUUCUGUAUCACAGAUAUCUCGCCCACAACGCUUUCAACAUAGACAACGAAAAGGUCGUUUUCGUCCUGGCAAGCCUGGCAGCAGGAGCGGGGAUUACAUCGGCAAAAAACUGGUGCUCGUCUCAUCGUGCUCACCAUAGAUAUUGCGACAUCUCUGACCGCGAUCCACACAAUAUCAGAAGAGGAUUUUUGUUCAGCCACUGUGGAUGGAUGAUUCUGAUCCAUAAUCCAAAAGUUGCCAAGGCCAUCAAGGAGAGUAAGCUGGAUCAACUGUCAAACGAAAAUAUCUUUACAUGGCAAGCAGAGAACUAUUUGGUGCUUUUUGGUAUAUUUGGGCUGGCUCUUCCCAGCUUGGUUUGCGGCUGGUUUUGGAACGAUUACUUGGGUGGGCUGGUCUAUGCAGGUUUUUUGAAAGUGUUUUUGGUCCAACACUCUAUUUUUGCUAUUAACUCGUUUGGACAUGCGCUGGGAACAAGACCUUACAGUGACACAAAGUCGCCGAGAAAUAACAUCAUUUUGAACCUGCUCACUCUGGGAGAGGGAAACUUGAACUUCCACCACGAGUUCCCAGCAGACUACAGAAACGGGAACGAUUGGUACGACUUCGACCCCACCAGAUGGGUUAUUCGCUUGAUGUACAUGCUGAGGUUUGUCAAGCAGCUGAAGAAAACCUCGAGCUCGACGGUCGAGAUGUCUUUCGUCCAGCAACAGCAGAAACUAAUCGACAACAAGAGAUCACAGCUAAACUGGGGAAUCCCCAUCGAGAAACUGCCUGUUUUCUCGCCAGACGAGUUCCGUCGACUGGCUGAUAAAUCCACCGACAAAUAUUUGGUGGUGAUGUUUGGAAUUAUCCAUGACAUCACUCCGUUUGCCAAAGACCAUCCUGGUGGCUUACCUUUGAUCAAGGCUGCGCAUGGAAAAGACGCCACUACCGCCUUCAACGGGGCAGUUUACCAACACUCAACAGCAGCAAGAAACCUGCUAGCUACCAUGCGGAUAGGAGUCCUGGGUGGAUCCGAGACCUUAUUUUGGAAGCAGCAGAGAAUCGAGAACAAGUCUGUGCCAAUCGACAACGACACCGACGGCAACCGAAUUGUUCGAAGCGGAGCACAGGAAACUAUGAACAAGGCGUAUGGAGGAACGGCUGAUGCUGCUUAA